CACGUUAAAAUAGCUCGUUUGCGACUUUUGCGAGAGAUCGUCGGGGUGCCGCCGGGAAAAGAAGUAGAAAACGGUCGCGCGUUCUCGUCCGAAUUUUCUUCAGUUUCGAGGCUGGUCUUAAAUGUGCGCGCAGUGCGCGGAUCAGUGACGCCGGACGCGGCAGCGCGUGAGCGUCGUCGACGAACAAACGAAAAACCAACCAAGAAUGGAUUGCUGGUCGGUCUGGCUAUUGCUCGUCUCGCUACUCGGCGCACUCCUGCUUACGGGCGGCGUCGAGUUAACCUUCGAGCUAGCCGACAAUGCCAAAGAGUGUUUUUACCAGGAGAUCGAGAAGAACGUUUCGUCUACGCUGGAGUUUCAGGUGGUUACAGGUGGCCAGUAUGAUGUAGAUGUGACUUUAGAAGCUCCAAAUAAAGAGAUUAUCUAUAGCCAAGUAAAAACGCAAUUUGAUUCACACUCCUUUAUACCAACCAUGUCAGGAAUUUACAAGGCUUGCUUCAGCAAUGAGUUUUCUACAUACUCGCACAAGCUGGUGUAUAUGGAUUUCCAAGUGGGCGACGAACUGCCGCUUCCUGGUCUCGGAGAACAUGUUACAGUCAUGACUCAGAUGGAGUCUUCCGCGCAAGAGGUGCACAAAAAUCUAAUCAGCAUCCUGGACUAUCAGACACAUCAUCGUCUGCGGGAAGCUCAAGGUCGCAAACGCGCGGAGGAGCUGAAUGAGCGAGUGCUCUGGUGGUCGGUAAUGGAGACCGUCUGCAUCCUGCUCAUCGCCGUGGGGCAGGUUUUCAUCCUGAAGAACUUCUUCACGGAUCGAAGCCCCUCCCAAAGUUAUUAGUGUGAUAGCGAAGUAACGGAAAAGGAAAAACUCGUUCGCGAUCGAGAUAUACGAUCACCGAUCGAAUCGUCCUCGUGCCAUCGUAAUGUCCACCGGUAAUGCUUUCCCGGCGGAACUUUGAGCCGCGAGUCUUCUCCGACAAUCGAGAAAGGAUUGUUGAGAGGAUUUUGCGAUUAGAAUCCAAAGAACCGGUGAGAAGCGCCAAGUGAUCCAGAUCCUCGUACGCCCUAUGAACGCGCGUAUCGUUCGCGGGUAUUAAUUUUUGCCGAGGCUUUAUCAUGCCGAGAACAUUUUAACACGGGUGCUGAUACAACACGGAAUGAUCAGAAAGACGAGUGCAACCGAUAGAACUCUUACAUCUUUCCUUUCCGAUGGACAUUCAUGUUGUACUUAUACUGGUACAGGGACAGUAUAAUGGAAAGGGACAUAAUGUUUUUUUCUUACUGUGAACGUGUAACAUAAUAAAUUAAAAAAGAUACUUGUGUGUACUCACGUCUACUCGUAUCGCCGAGCGAUCUGAUUAAUUCCCGUCUCUCGUUACUUGUCGCGCCUUUCGUUAUUUAUCUUAGGUAUCGGUAGAAAAGUUACUUAAAUAAAUGCAGUUGAUUAUUUA